UGCCCAAAGUCCCAUUUCCGCUUGGGUCACGUGCCUCCGCCGGCGCCUGCGGUGCCCCCGCUUUCCCGUCCGGCGCAGCCCCCAGCCCCGGCACUUUCGGUUCCACCUGCUGGCCGCCCGCUCCAGAGGCUGAGGGCACUUCCGAGGGCCUGAGCCCACCGACCAUGCCCGCGGGCGUGUCCUGGGCCACCUACCUGAAAAUGUUCUCUGCCAGCCUCCUGGCCAUGUGCGCCGGGGCCCAAGUGGUGCAUAGGUACUACCGGCCGGACCUGACAAUACCUGAAAUUCCACCAAAGCCUGGAGAACUCAAAACGGAGCUUUUGGGAUUGAAAGAGAGACAACAUGAGCCUCAAAUUUCUCAGCAGUAGAAGCCUGAAAAUACAGUUCUGCCACAAACUCUAGGAGAACACCGUGUGACAACAGAAGCAAAGACUGGAGUGAUCCAGCUACAAGCUAGGGAAUACCAAGCACUGAGGGCCACCCACCAGAGGCCAGGAGGAGGCAAGAUUCUAUGCAGAAUAUCUGGCCAUGGCCCUGCCGACUGCUGGAUUUUGGACUUCUGGCCUCCAGAACUGUGAGAGAAUAAAUUUCUGUUUUUAAGUCACUUACUUAGUGGCACUUUAUUAUGGCAGAGCCCUAGGUAACUAACAUAAACAUUUUGCACUUUUCUGAGUCUAUAAAUAUACAACGUAAGUAAUUUAUAGAGCUGCUGGCUUUCUAUUCAGGGCUAUUUUUCCAGAAGUUUUUCAGAAUUCUGCUUUCUUAUACAGUAUCUAGGCUUACCUGCCAGUCAACAAAUUGCUAGAUGACACAGAUCUUUGGGGUCAAUGUUAAGUCCCUAACUGCAAAUGCUUUUUUAAAACUCUCCAUAGUAAAUAUGCUUUUCAGUUUAACAAUAUAAAGCAACUAAAUGAAAUAGCUUAUUUCCAGUCUUAUAUACAAAGCUCUUUCUGUCAAAGGUUUCAGGAAGGUACUUGAUUUAGUAUAAAUCAACAAUAGAAUCAUUUUAGACUCCGAACUAGUUUCAGUAAUUGAAUUUGCUAGGUGAAGUUUUUCUCAUUGUCAACUAACAUUUUCAAAUUUAGUUCUUCACUAAGUUUAGAUUAUGAACACCAAAUUGGUAAGCUUUGAUUGUAGACAAGUGAGGAGCCUCCUUCAUCACUUUGCAGAAUAUAGGGCUGAGGACAUUGCUCACCUUUUGCAUGUGCAAAGUUCCUGCCCCUUGCACAUGAGGGGAGGCCCCUCAUGCCAUGGAUAAAUGCAGUGGGCCAUACUUUAACCCCCACCCCCACCCCAGCUUCCUUUUACAGGUACAGAUUGACUGGUUUCAGCUUGUAAGAAAGCAGUUGUAAUUUGAGCCUGACUGCUAUGGGAUAACCCUCCUAUGGCUUCAUGAAGGUGAAAAAUUGUAUAGCUAUUAAAAAGUUACUGAAAAUAAAAACAUCAUGCCAUUAA